UUUCCAGCCGGUGUCGAUUUCUCCAGUGUCGCACCUGAAGAAAACCCACGGCGUAAUUACACCGCGCCGCGGCGCUCGAUCCGCGAUCGUUACCGGCAUAAUACACGGCCGGACGCCCGUUUUAUACAGGAUGGCGCUGUGACUUUAUGCGAGCUGCGGUGAUUAUUCCGCAUCUGUUCGACUUCCCAGAUCAUCCCGCUCUCCCGUUCGACGUCCUGUAAAAUUUUUUGCCUAAUCAAUUUCAGUGUGCUUGCGGCUUCCGCGCGGCGACAACUGCCAUCCAAUUCGAGAUUGCCGGAGAAUGGGUUAAUGUAACGCGUCGACGGUGAGUUUCCCGGGGGCUGGUACUCGGAUAACGCGGUCUGCUUGAAUUUUCCGUGUGGGUGGGAUUUUACUCAGCUCGGGCCUGGAUGAUUACGACGCGGAGGUGACCAACCGCAGUCCGCAUCCGCUGGAACAGGAAACUACAUCAUUAUGGACGGCGUGGGGGCCGCCCUGGCCCUCCUGCAGGCCACGCACCCCUAUCCCGGCUCACUGCAGCCGGGCGGCGGCUACAACGUCUCCUACGCGGCCAUCGCCGCGGCCAACCGCUACGCCGCCGCCAUGGCCGCCGCGGCCUCCUCCACACGCGCUCCACCGCACGAACACACCCGCCAUCACGCCAACCACAUCCAUCACGCUAAUUCCCCGGUAGGCAAUCGUACCGGCAUGACCUUGGCCGGGUUGCUGCCGGCAGUCAACGCGACGGUCAAUAUGACGCCGCCGCCGCGCUGGAUGCUGGAGACGCCGGGGACGGUGGAUGCGGCGGUCACGGCCGAACCGCUGGAUAUGGACUUUGCCCAGACGUGGAGCUUCGGGUCCAUACUGGUGCUCAUCUUCAGUGCGGUGCUCGUUAUUUUCACGGUGAUAGGAAACGUCUGCGUUAUUGUUGCCGUCCAUCAGUCUAAAGCGCUACAAGCUCCCCAGAACAAGCUCAUCGUAUCGCUGGCCCUGGCGGAUCUGCUGGUGGGCCUCGCGGUGAUGCCGUUUGCCGCCAUAACCGACUUCGUGGGCAAAUGGGUGCUGGGCUCCAUCGCCUGCGACCUGUACGCCGUGCUGGACGUAUGGCUGUGCACCAGCUCCAUCCUGCACCUGGUGGCCAUCGCCAUCGACCGCUACUUUUCCAUCACCAACAUGCGCUACAUCCAGGGCCGCAGCGUGGUCAUGAUGUACGGCGUGCUGGGCGUCAUCUGGAGCGUCUCCUUCAUGCUGUCCGUCGGGCCGGUCUUCGGGUGGCGUGACGCCCAGUACAUGGACCGCAUCCAGCAGGGCCUGUGCCUGAUCAGCCAGGAUGUGUCCUUUCAGAUCAUCGCGACCAUGGUGGCUUUCUACGGGCCCCUGGUGGGCAUCCUGGUGCUGUAUGGGCUCAUCUACCAGCGCACCCGCAGCCGGGUGCGGAAACGCCUGGAGAACACGUUGCACAGUACGCUGCAGGAGAUGCGGAUUGAGAAGGACGCGGUCAGUGUGUAUCCGCUGCAUCCGGCGCAGCAGCAGACCCCGGCGUCCACGCCCAGCUCAGCCACGGCCCCGCCCAUCCAGGUGAGCACCUUCUACAACGGGACCUGGGUAUCCCGGCUAAAACUUCCCCACCGGAAGCGGACGGUUAGUGCCCCACUGGCGUCCGUGCGUCCCAACCGCAGAAGGAAGGGCCGCUUUCUAAUGGUCCUGACGGAGCCGGCGGAGCGGGCGCGCAACAGCAGCACCCAGACCAACUCCGACGAGCAGGAGACCCCGCCCAUGUCAACCCUGCACCAGCCGCUGCGCAACCACUGCACAGAGUACAGCACCAACGGCCAGGCGUGCCUGACGGCCAGCUCCGGCCAUGAUCUCUUGCCGCCGAAUAAUCCGGAGAAGCUGGCCAAGAAGACCAGCAGUAAUAUGUCUAUACGGCAUCAGACACUGCUGAAACGCGAGAAGAAAGCGGCUACGACGCUGGCUAUUAUUACGUUGUCGUUUGUGAUUUGCUGGUUACCCUUCUUCGUGUACGCCCUGGUACGGCCGACCUGCGGCGAUUCCUGCCUGGUGUCGACCUUCUGGGAGGCGUUUUUCCUCUGGCUGGGCUACGUCAACAGUACCCUCAACCCGGUCAUCUACACCAUCUUCUCGCCGGAUUUCCGGGCGGCGUUCAAGAAAAUGUUCCGCUUGGAAAAACGCUAAACGUGUUUCUUUUUUUUGUAUCGUCUUGCCACAAUGCUAAACUGCAAAAAUCAAAAUCUACCGGUAACCGACUGGAAAGGGCUAUACCGCUAUUUGCUGCAAAGAUUGUCAGAAAUCUGUUUUACAAUGCACAACUGUCGAAUGCUUAACAAGAUAACCGCUUUUGCGUGUUUCCCGCAGUACAUCGCGACAAGAAGGAAAAUAAGAAAUAACCUUACUAUAUUUCGGUGCGCUGAUUUAUUAUUUCCAUGACGUAAUCAGCGGCAUUUUGCUGUGGAGAAUUUCUUAGCAAAGUCCAUAUUUUCCAUUAACAAAUGAUGCAAAAAUACA